GGCGCUGGACCCCUCAGAGGGUGCCAGCUGGGGCGAGCUUGUCAAGUACCUUCCCUCGCCUGUCGCUAUCCUGUCCAGAGAUCCCGGCAGGUCCGGGACUCCGGUCCUUGCUGGUGCGGGCGCCGGCAUGUGGUUUUGGGAGGAGCAAGGCGGCCUCCUGGGCCCCUUCUCCUUUCUGCUGCUGCUGCUUCUGCUGGCGACACGCAGCCCCUUCAAUUCUUGCCUCCUCACAGGCAGCCUCUACGUCCUGCUGCGCUUCUUCAGCUUUGAGCCAGUGCCCUCCCUCAGGGCCCUGCAGGUGCUCAAGCCCCGGGGCCGCGUCUCCGCUAUCGCCCACCGCGGCGGCAGCCACGACGCGCCAGAGAACACCUUGGCGGCCAUCCGGCAGGCAGCUAAGAAUGGAGCAACAGGUGUGGAGUUGGACCUUGAAUUUACUUCUGAUGGGAUUCCUGUCUUAAUGCAUGAUAGCACAGUAGACAGGACAACAGAUGGGACUGGCCAAUUGUGUGAUUUGACAUUUGAACAAAUUAGAAAACUUAAUGCUGCAGCUAAUCACCGGCUGAGGAAUGAUUUUCCUGAUGAAAAGAUCCCCACCCUGAGGGAAGCUGUUGCAGAGUGCCUAAACUAUAACCUCACAAUCUACUUUGAUGUCAAAGGCCAUGCAAAUAUGGCUACUGUUGCUCUAAAGAAAGCUUAUUUGGAAUUUCCCCAACUAUAUAAUAAUAGUAUCGUCUGUUCUUUCUCACCAGAAGUUAUUUAUAAGAUGAGACAAGCAGAUCAGAAUGUAAUAACAGCUUUAACUCACAGACCUUGGAGCCUUAGCUAUACAGGAGAUGGGAAACCACGUUAUAAUUCUUUCUGGAAACAGUCCACAUUUGUGGUGAUGGACAUUUUGCUCGAUUGGAGCAUGCAUAAUAUCUUGUGGUACCUGUGUGGAAUUUCAGCUUUCCUCAUGCAAAAGGAUUUUGUAUCCCCGGCCUACUUGAAUAAAUGGUCAGCUAAAGGAAUUCAGGUUGUUGCUUGGACUGUUAAUACUUUCGAUGAAAAAAGUUACUAUGAAUCCCAUCUUGCUUCCAGCUAUAUCACUGACAGCAUGUUGGAAGACUGUGCACCUCAGUUCUAGACUGUUGUCCCACAGAGGAAACAUGGGUUCAGAAACUG